CAACAAACCUACUACUCUCCUAAAGUGUUUUGGUUUCUCUCUCGCUCAUCUGGUAUUGCAAUUCUUCUGCCAGUGAGGGUUUUUGUAGAAAGUUAGGAAAUGUUAGAAGCAGGGAUUGUGUGUAUCGGCGUUGUGCUACAAUUGAUGCGCGAUGUUGCCGAAAGAGUUCCCUGCAAUAAUGAUGGAGGGGAAGGUGGGCAGUUGGGUUUCAUCUCUACCAUUGAAAUUCUCAACAAUCAUCUUCCCCACAUCUCUUCCAUUUCCCCCUUUAUUUAUUUCAUUUUCUAUUGUCAUUGCUCGAUUUUCUUUACUCCAUUCCCAAACCUACCUUCAGAGAACGACUUCGAUUUGAUCUAUUAAUCUCAAACAACAAUCAUUACAAAUUUUUUUUAAAUAAUUAAAUAUAAAAAUAUGAAUAUUAAAAAAAAAUUAUAUAUAUAUCAUUAUUUAUUUUAUAUUAUUGAAUCUUGAAUUAAAUAAAUUAUAAUUUUAAUAUUAAAUAUAUCAUAAUUUAUCUCAUUAAUCUUAUUUUAAAAUAUUUAUUAUCACUAUAUUUUUAAUUUUUUUAUAUAUUUAUAUUUCAAUUUUAUUUAAUUUUAAAUAUUUUUAUUUUAAAAUAUAAAAAAUAAUUAAAUUUUAAUAUUUUAUAAAUUAAAAUUAAUUUAACAAGAUAAAUUAUUAAUAUGAUUUUUAAUAUUUUUAAUUAUUUAAAUAAAUUAAUGUAAAUAACAAAAAAUUAUCAUCAUAAAUUUGUACUAAAAUUUUAGAUAUUAAAUCUUAAAUAAAAUAUUUUAUUUUAUAUAAAUCAUAAAAAUGAUUUAAUUUUUAUUUAAAAUAAAAUAAAACAUGUUUUGAAUUUUUAAAAUAAAUAUAUUCAUUUGUAUUCCUUUUGAAUGAACAAUGGAUAGCAGAAGAACUGCUUUGAGAAAGUCACACAAGUUAUGAAGAGUCAGCCGCAAAAUCUUCAAGUAUGGACUUCAUAUCAUAUGUUUGUUUCCCAUUGUGAAAUCUUGUUUUCAAUAUUGUUCCCAAUUUCCAAAUUAUAUCAAUAGAUUGAAAAUGAAAAUCUCUUGAAACAUUAAUUGGAUUUGGGAGGGGUGUUUGGGUUAUCACCAAGGACUUGAGAUCAUCAUGAGCCUUAGCUUUAAUGGUCUCUUGGAUGAUAAUGUACCAAAAAUGUAUAUUAGUAAUUAACAUAUAUAUGAAUUUUGAUACAUAUCAUUCAGACAAGUCACUGAGUUUGAAAGCAAUAUCGAUCCCAUUGCUACUCUGGAAACCCACCUACAUAAGCUGAGCAGUAGCCAUUAAUAUGGAUCACAACGAGAUUGCAACAGGCCAUGCCGACACUUCUGAGGAUAAGAAUUGCAAGGAGGAGGCUUCAACAAUGAAAGCAAACUGUAGGACCCCUGAUAUUACAGGCUCUUGGCUACAAUUACCAAUUCCAAAUGUUACCAAAAAAGUCUUUCAAGUCGCCUCACCUUUUUGGUGUCCUGUUAAAACAACUGUUAUUAGUCAGAGCCACUACGGCAACUCAUCAUCUCCACUUUUCAGUUCUUCACUUGUUUUUCAACUCAUCUUUUUUCUGUCAUCCCCUCAAGCAAUGGAUUGUGUGAGCCCAAUCUUGGACGUAGCCACCCGCUUGUGGGAUUGCACCGCCAAGCGUGUAGUUUAUAUUCCUGAGCUUGAAAAAAAUCUCAACUCUCUGAAGAGCUUAACGGAGGAACUGAGCAACUUAAGUAAGGAUGUGAUGGUAAGUGUUGAGCGUGAGGAGGAACUACAACAGAGUAGGCGUACGCAUGAAGUGGAUGGUUGGCUCCUCGCUGUGCAGGUCAUGGAAGCUGAAGUGGAAGAAAUAUUGCAAAAUGGGCAUCAAGAAAUCCAACAGAAAUGUCUCGGAACCUGUCCUAAGAAUUGCAGGUCAAGCUACAGGCUGGGGAAGAUUGUGAGUAGAAAGAUCGAUGCUGUGACUGAAUUAAAGGGCAAAGGGCAUUUUGAUUUUGUGGCUCAUACAUUGCCUUGUGCUCCUGUGGAUGAGAGACCGAUGGGGAAGACUGUGGGCUUAGACUUGAUGUUCGAGAAGGUUCGAAGAUGCCUGGAAGAUGAGCAAGUAAGAAGUAUUGGGUUGUAUGGAAUUGGGGGUGCUGGAAAAACGACCCUCUUGCGGAAAAUCAAUAAUGAGUAUUUUGGUAAAAGAAACGAUUUUGAUGUGGUGAUAUGGAUAGUGGUGUCAAAACCAAUCAACAUAGGAAAUAUUCAAGACGUGAUCCUGAAUAAAUUACCGACCCCAGAGCACAAAUGGAAGAAUCGUAGCAAGGAAGAGAAGGCUGCAGAAAUAUGCAAGUUGUUGAAAGCCAAAAACUUUGUGAUAUUGCUUGAUGAUAUGUGGGAGCGACUCGAUCUCUUCGAGGUGGGGAUCCCUCAUUUGGGUGACCAAACUAAGUCCAAAGUAGUACUCACUACGCGAUCUGAACGAGUAUGCGAUGAAAUGGAAGUUCAUAAGAGGAUGAGGGUAAAGUGUUUGACACCGGAUGAAGCAUUUUCUCUGUUCCGUGACAAGGUUGGUGAGAAUAUCUUGAAUUCACAUCCGGAAAUAAAAAGGCUUGCAAAGAUUGUCAUUGAAGAAUGUAAAGGACUGCCACUUGCCCUCAUCGUCAUUGGGCGAUCAAUGGCUAGCAGAAAAACUCCUCGAGAAUGGGAGCAAGCAAUUCAAGUGCUGAAGAGUUACCCAGCAGAGUUUUCAGGUAUGGGAGAUCAAGUAUUUCCAAUUUUGAAAUUCAGUUAUGAUCACUUGGACAAUGAUACCAUCAAAUCAUGUUUCCUAUAUUGUUCUACAUUCCCUGAAGACCAUGAAAUUCUGAAUGAAGGCCUCAUAGAUCUUUGGAUUGGGGAGGGGUUUCUGAACAAAUUUGAUGAUAUACACAAAGCACAUAAUCAAGGAGAUGAGAUUAUUAGAAGCUUAAAACUUGCGUGUCUCUUGGAAGGCGAUGUAUCUGAAGACACUUGUAAGAUGCAUGAUGUGAUCCGUGACAUGGCUCUAUGGUUAUCAUGUGAUUAUGGGAAAAAAAGACACAAAAUUUUUGUACUAGAUCAUGUUCAGUUGAUUGAAGCAUAUGAAAUUGUGAAAUGGAAAGAAGCUCAACGGAUUUCACUAUGGGAUUCUAAUAUCAAUAAAGGAUUCUCUCUAUCACCUUGUUUCCCCAAUCUCCAAACUUUGAUUUUGAUAAAUAGUAACAUGAAGUCACUUCCAAUUGGAUUCUUCCAAUCCAUGCCUGCCAUAAGAGUUUUGGAUUUGUCACGUAAUGAAGAAUUAGUGGAGUUACCUUUGGAGAUUUGCAGAUUAGAGAGUUUGGAAUAUCUGAAUCUAACAUGGACCAGUAUAAAAAGGAUGCCUAUAGAACUAAAGAAUUUGACAAAACUGAGGUGUUUGAUAUUGGACCGUGUAAAGUGGCUUGAAGUAAUUCCAUCAAAUGUGAUAUCUUGCCUUCCAAAUUUGCAGAUGUUUAAAAUGGUGCACCGCAUUUCCCUAGAUAUUGUGGAAUAUGAUGAAGUUGGAGUGUUGCAGGAGUUGGAAUGCUUGCAAUACCUGAGUUGGAUAAGUAUUAGCUUACUUACAGCCCCAGUUGUUAAAAAAUAUCUCACCUCCUUGAUACUGCAGAAGCGCAUACGAGAACUAAACAUGAGGACGUGCCCAGGUUUGAAGGUGGUGGAGCUGCCACUUUCGACUUUGCAAACACUCACUAUGCUUGGAUUUGAUCAUUGUAAUGAUUUGGAACGUGUUAAAAUAAAUAUGGGACUGUCUCGAGGUCAUAUCUCAAACUCAAACUUCCACAACCUUGUUCGUGUGAAUAUUUCUGGGUGUCGAUUCUUGGACCUGACCUGGCUUAUUUAUGCUUCAAGCCUUGAGUUCCUGUUGGUUCGCACUAGUCGUGACAUGGAAGAAAUUAUAGGGAGUGAUGAGUGUGGAGACUCAGAAAUUGACCAACAAAAUCUCAGCAUAUUCUCAAGACUUGUGGUGUUAUGGUUGCAUGAUCUCCCAAAUCUAAAGAGUAUCUACAGGCGGGCCUUGCCAUUUCAUUCCCUAAAAAAGAUCCAUGUGUAUCAUUGUCCAAAUCUAAGGAAAUUGCCAUUGAAUUCCAAUAGUGCCAGCAACACUCUAAAAAUAAUUGAGGGGGAAUCAAGCUGGUGGGAGAACUUGCAGUGGGAGGAUGACAACCUCAAGCGCACUUUCACUCCGUAUUUCAAAACAUGGUGAUUGAAAGGAGGAGAUGGUUGUAGAGUUCUAUGUCAUGGAGGUUUGCAGGAAUUGUUGGGUUUCCUUCAUUUCAUUUAAUUUCCUCUCUAUUUUCUGACAAACCCAUUGGUCUUCCUCUCCUAGGACAAGUUUUUGAAGAACGUUUGGUGGUGAGUGAUUGGGUGCUUGGAAUGCAUAGCAAGAGUAGCAUAAAUAAUUGUUGAAAAGAAAGAACCUUUUGUAUGUAUGUGUUAUAUCAUUUCGUAUGGUGAUCAGUUUUAUA